UUUGUUUACUCCCUUUCAACUUCUACAAACAAUUCAAUAAAUGUCAGCUAGAUUCAUUUUUGUAUUGAAAAACAUUUUUGAAGCCUCGAAAAAAUUCAUAAAAAUAUGAUAAUUUAUUGAUAGAUAAAAAGCAGAAAUAACUGAUUUAAGAAAGAUAUUUGCGAAAAAAUUUGACAACUAAAUUAGCAAUCUAAAUCUUAUCUAUUUUAAACAAUUUGUGAAAAGACAUCAUCCGUUAAACGAAGAAAGAGCAAAAGCACGAACCACAAAGAUAAGAUAAAGUAAAGGCGCUAACAGUAGGAAAACAGAAAAAGGAGCCAGAAGAAGCUUUUACAAAAUGCCGCCGAAAAAGGCUAAAGGAAAGAAGGGCAAGAAGGCGCCAAUGUUAAUUGAUGGCGUGGACACGUCCACCAUGACGCGCGACCAGCUGGAGCAGUUCGCGUUGAAACUGAAGGAGGAGAUGGAGCGUGAACGUGAAGAGCGCAACUUCUUUCAAUUGGAGCGCGACAAAAUACGCACAUUCUGGGAGAUCACCAGGGGACAGUUGGAGGAAACACGCUAUGAGGUUCGUCACAAGGAUCACGAAGUGGAGAUGGCACAAGAGCUGGCCGAUGUCGACACCAAACACAUUAUGCAACAGAUGAAGCAUCUACAGUAUGAGAACCAAAAUAAAAUUGGCGAGAUACGUGCCGAGGCCAUGACACAGCUGAAGCUGGCGCAAGAGGAUCAUGUGGCGCAGGAGCAGGAGUUGCUGAAGGAUAAGCGUGAUUUGCGACGUUUGUUGCGGGAGCACGACGAAACGCAUGAACUGCAAAUUCAGCAGCUGAAGAUGAAGCACAAUGAUGAGAUGGCCGAGGCGCGCAUACAAUUCCAACGCGAAGCCAAAGAUAUGGAACUGCUGCAUGAAGAGAAAAUGAAGGCGCUGAAAAAUGAAGUCGAACUGGUGUACCGCAUGCAAAUGUUCGAGGUGGAGGAACGUAAGAACACACAAAUACAACGUUUGAUCGAAAGUCACGACACCGCCUUCAAUGACAUGAAGAACUACUACAACGACAUCACACUGAACAAUUUGGGUCUAAUCAGCAGUUUGAAGGAACAACUCGAAGCGCUGCGUAAGCAGUCCGAACGCAGUGACCGCACAGCCGCCGAAAUGAUGGCUGAAAAUCGCAAACUCAAAGAACCGCUCGAAGCAGCACAAGCCGAACUCGCCGAUUUGCGGCGCAAAAUGGAGCAUUUCGAGCGCGAUCGCAAUCAGCUGGCGCGGCUCAAAGCACGCAACACUUAUAUAGAGAAGCAAUUGAAGGCGCUAACAUGGGAAACCGAGACGCUGCUAUUGCGCAACGACACGCUCAAAAAGGAGCGCGAAGAGCUCAAAUUGAAAUUCGACGAUGUGGUUAUGGAGCUGCAACAGAAGACGGGCUUAAAGAAUGUGCUGCUCGAACGCAAGAUAUCCAUGAUGGAGCGUGAGGGUGAGAAGCGCGAUUUAUUGCUCAAACAGACACAGAUGAUCUGCGGCGCUUCCGGCGAUGUUACACAAAAUAUGCAGAAGCAAAUCGCAUCGUCGCUGGAUGAGAAGAAUAAAUUGAUUGACGAGCUGCGCUACGAACUGGUGCGCGUCAUCAAAGCGCACGAUGAUCUGCUCGCCACGUACGAAUCGAAGUUGACGCAGUUCGGCAUACCGCAGGAUGAAUUGGGCUUCGAACCGCUGCGCCUGUCCGAGAAGCAUCGUUAUUUAUGCGGCCCAGCUGGCCUGGUGACCAAAAAUCAAUGAAGAAUUCCUGCCAAUAUGUCAAUGAUGCAGACACGCUUAUCGGUUUGGCAUGUUUCGUAUUUUCGUUCUCUUUUUUUUUUUGUUUUGUUCGUGCACUUUUGUAUACGCUUUAAGCUGGCAUUAACGCGAGAGGCUAAUGGACUGAAUGGAGGGUAGUAUUUUUUUGACUUCUGAAACAUACAACAACAACAAGGAUAUUUUUUAAAAUAUACAUACCUAGAUACGAGCCUGUGUG